UAUGGUUGCAGCCUGUGAGCAGGUGCUUGGGUGCGAUGAAUAGAGAGAAGAGCGGGUGAUUCUCCCCUCCUCCACCAAGUGAUGACGGCCAGACUGACUCUAUCACCGGAGCGAUGGUUUUGAGUCACUUUCUCCAGCAACAAAACGGUAACGGCAUCACUGACGUAAAGCAUCCACCACAGAACCGAAGCACAGCAGAACAACGGGACUUGUACCGCUCUCAGAACGACGGGACUUGGACUUGGUCCCACAUACAUUCUGUGUACUGACACACAGAAUGGAAAUAGACAGCAAGCUGGACGGAGUGAGGAUGUCGACGGUAUAUAUCGCAUUGAUUCUUAGACUGUAAUUUCUAACUGUUGGUGACAGCAUCUCUCUGAUUUUAAAUUGAAAUGCAUUCGGUAAGGGGAGUUAUGACAGGAGUUGCUGCAGGGUGCCGCAUUGCCUGACCGCUUGAUGGUAUAGUAGUGUAAUGCUUUUGUGGUGGGCCUAAUUGUAAGGUUUGAGUGUUUUGGGUGGGGAUGAAUGAUAACGGUUCUCUCACAAUUGUGUGGUUAGGCGUCCAACAUAGCCAGGUUAGAUGAAAUUUGUAGUUGACCAUAUGGAUAGUCCCGUUUGGGAAGUCAGCAACAGUAGACUAUUGCGAUUUAAUUGAAAGCUACAAAUGUCGACGUAUGAAAAGAAACUUGGAAAACGAAGUCAGAUGUUAGAUAGGUACAGGUGGAAACAUAUGGUGCGGUCAAAAAAGUGAAUACAGCCUAUGUAGCACCUUCUACCAUACUCCGGGGGACACAGGACACAAUCUGGUAUCAGCAUUGAUUUUAUGAUCCUGAUUGAAAAGAUUCAAUAGGCCUAUACGUGACGCAUUCAUUGUUGGCGAUUUUGGCUCAUUCAACGGCAACAUUGUACCUAACAUUUAAUAUCGGCCGUGGUCUCUGAAGCAAGGACGAUGACUCACUUACAAGCAGGCUUGUCCCCAGAGACCCUGGAGAAAGCCAAGGUGGAGUUAAAGGAGAAUCCCGACACUCUACAUCAGGAUAUCCAGGAGGUGAGGGACAUGAUCAUCACGCGCCCAGAUAUUGGAUUUCUUAGGACAGACGACGCUUUCAUCCUGCGCUUUCUCAGAGCGCGGAAAUUUAACCAUUUCGAGGCUUUUCGCCUCUUGGCCCAAUAUUUUGAGUAUCGUCAGCAAAAUCUGGAUAUGUUUAAAAACCUCAAAGCAACUGAUCAUGGAAUCAAGCAAGCUCUCAAAGAUGGAUUUCCGGGGGUGCUGACCAACUUGGACAGAUAUGGCAGGAAAAUACUGAUUCUCUUCGCUGCAAACUGGGACCAGAGCAGGUACACAUUUGUGGAUAUACUGCGGGCUAUUCUGUUGUCACUGGAAUCCAUGAUAGAAGAUCCAGAGCUUCAAGUAAAUGGAUUUGUUCUGAUCAUUGACUGGAGCAACUUCACAUUCAAGCAAGCCUCCAAAUUAACACCGAGUAUGCUGAGACUGGCCAUAGAAGGUCUGCAGGACAGCUUUCCUGCCAGAUUCGGAGGCAUCCAUUUUGUGAACCAGCCGUGGUACAUCCAUGCACUGUACACUGUCAUACGGCCUUUUUUGAAGGACAAGACGAGAAAACGGAUCUUCAUGCAUGGAAACAACCUGAACAGCCUUCACCAGCUCAUGCACCCAGAGAUCCUGCCCUCGGAGCUUGGGGGGAUGAUGCCGCCCUACGAUAUGGGCACCUGGGCACGUACCCUCCUGGACCACGACUAUGAUGAGGAAACUGAGUAUAGCCCCGAGUCAUACACCUUGUCAGUCAAAGACCUGGAGAAAGACCUGUCUCCUAAAACCAUGAAGAGGUCCCAGUCAGUGGUGGAGCCUGGAGUGCUUAAACGUCCAGAAAAAGUGAAGAGCGAGGAGGAAAACAUGCAGCCACUGCUCUCACUGGAUUAACACAUGGCUCCACACAAACCGCCUAGAUACUACUGACCCUCAGACAGUCAGGGAAGCAAUGGUUUUGUUCCCACAACACAAAGACAUGAAAGCAAGGCGAUGAAGAGAGAAGAGGUUGGAUCACGACAAUAGCCUAUUUUAUUUUCAUGAAGAUAAGUCUGAGAUGCCAGUUUGAUUAAUAUUUCCUAAAAUUGAAAGGAAAUAAGAGCUGCUGGAAAAGUUCCUUAUGUUGUUGUUAAGUGCCAAUCUAAUACUAUAAAUACACUUCUGAUCCAAAACCUACAAGGAUGGGGUUAUUAUGUGUGGGAGUCAUUGUGAUGGGAACACAUGUUGAGACUGCUGUCAAUAUUAUGUCUGUGCUUCUCAUUAAAUAUUUUGUGAAAUAAUUGUAAAAUACAAAGUCAAUAGAAAAUCACACUUAUAGUCAGUUGAGAGCUGGGGAAGGGGUUUGAUACAGUAAUUAAACCAUCCAAAUCUGUUGCAGGUGCCGCCCAGAAUUAGUAAAUUUUUUUUUAAGGAUUUCUUUAAACGCAAAGCAAAAAGUGUCUAUGCACAGCAAGGCAUGGGGCUCUUUCAUCAAAAUAAUUCAAACAGAUAUUUAGGUUUCUCAAUCUAAAAGCAAACUCCUCUUUACUGUACAGUGCUCAAUUACAAAAUAUGUACUUUUGUCAGAGGCUGCAUUUUUUGUUUGGUCGUAAUUUUGCCAUAUAAAUGCUUUCACCCAGGACAGAUUCCUAUCUAUACUACAAUGAUUUGGCUGAACGAGGUCUUAAUUGUCCAACUGUUAAAUGUUUCAACAGUCAUGAAACAGGAAAUCUAUUUUGUGUUAUUUUCGCACAUAAGUACAUUACCAUGAAAACAACAGCGAGCUUGUGGACCUUUUCAUUUAUUUUGAACUGAUUAUGGUGUUAGCUAUUGGUUCUGCUCAGAAGUGUUAAGAAUGUGGUCUCUGUGUCAUGUGAUUCCAAAAAUGUGUGCUUGUUAAAAUGUUUUACACUGGCUUUAAGAAAUAUUUUGAAACUAUUUGUUUCAAUAGGAGAAAAGCUGUCCAAAACAGCACACACCUACUUGAAAACCAAUUUAGAUAUAAUAUUUAAAGAUCUGUUAAUUUCUCAUACCUUAUUUUAUGAUCCUGGGAGGUAAAAUAUAAUGUAUACUUAUAUAUGAUACCUUUUUGUAAUGGCCGCGAGGGUUCAGUCAAUGUGUGCCACAGUGUGAUCUUCCGUUGCUAGCUCUUUUGUUACUCCCUGCAUGGUUGUGAAGCUUGAGGCAGUGUUAAGUGGCAGAGCCUCUGUGCCCUGACAAAGCGCUGCCUUCCUGUUAUGUCACUAACAUGGAUUCACUCUGGAAUGGUUCGCUGCUGCUCAGAACUAGGCCAGAUCAACAGACAAACAGCCCUAAUACCUAGUGAUCACAGUAAACCGCAUAGGACAUGUCAGCUCCAGCUCGAUGACUGAGUGACUUGUGCCAUCAGCUGCUGCAUACCGAGGAACUUCUUUGGUGGAGAAGAGAGGGUGCCGUGAUGGCCUGUCAGGGUUCCCCAGCCUGCCUGCAGAAUCCACCAGGUAGCGAUGUGUGGGGGACAUUGAAAUAACGUGGGACAGUAGCUGAACUGUUAUCUGAUGGUGCUGUUUGUGUUUCACCCCGUUUUAAAGUAUUUCAUAUUUUUUUGUGUGAUGUAUUUUCAGUCAUCCAUGGUUCUUGUUUGUCCCGUGCACUAUUCAAAUCAGACAACAUUACAGAAUUAUCCUGCAACAACAGCAGUAGCCCUUGGAGAAAAAUACUCUAGGCUUAGCAGUUGGAAUGUUCUUCCAACUUCCUUUUUCAUAUAUUUAGCCUUGCCAUUUCAGCCAAAGCCACCCUUUGACAAAACAAAUAUUUUACUGUAUUCUGAUUUUCACUUAAUAGGAAUCCAUAGCUUGAAAGUAAAGUAACAACUUAUUAUAAUAUUAAUAAUUUUUCAUGAAAUUAAUGCAUAUUAUUGCUUUCAGUCUUUGAGUUCAUGUUUUCAUGUCACUUUGAUUGUAUUUACAUUUAGGUAAAGAUGGGAGAGAAACUCAAAUUAGAAGUCUAGUAUAGUAAAUUCACAGAUGUGUUGGGCAGACUGUUUAAUGUUUAAAUGUCCUUAGACAAAUUGCUGACUUAAAUGAUGUAACUGAUUCAAACCUUACAUGAGCAAAAAAACUACCAAUAAAUAUAAAGACACA